GAUUGCUGUAUCACUGCAGCAGUUUUCAUUUAAUGCAGUUUUUGUAUUGAUAUUCAGUAUCGGACGAGAGUUUCCUCUUCGGAUCGAAUUGUUGGAGUUCUGUUGUAAGGUCUCAUAUCCUCGCGAUGGUGGAUUCCGUAUUUCGUACCCGGUCUCUUGGUACGCCAGCUGAGGGUGUCAAAGAUCAGUACGCAGACGGCAAAGCGGCAAAAGUCUGGGAGGUCUUCAUUGGUGAUAAGAAUCAACGUACACAGAACUAUCGGGAUUUCCUGGUGGGUCUGCUGCGGCAGAAGGGAUGUCGUCGAAUAUUGGAUGUUGCUUGCGGUACUGGCGUUGAUUCCAUAAUGCUACUGGAAGAGGGUUUUGAAGUCGUCAGCGUUGAUGCGUCUGAUAAAAUGCUCAAGUACGCAUUAAAAUCCAGAUGGGAUCGUAGAAAGGAGCCUGCCUUCGAUAAUUGGGUAAUCGAAGAAGCGAAUUGGUUAACUCUAUCCAACGAUAUUAACCAUCUUAUUGGAGAAGGUUUUGAUGCCGUUAUAUGUUUGGGAAAUAGUUUUGCCCACAUGCCUGAUACUUUUGAUGAUCAGAGAGAGCAGAGACAAGCCUUAGCAAAUUUUGAACGUUGUGUAAAGCCGGGGGGCUUAUUGCUCAUCGAUCACAGAAAUUACGAUUAUAUAAUCAAAACCGGCCAAACUCCUCCAAAAUGCAUAUAUUAUAAUAGUCAGCAUAUGACGGAUAUCAAGACAUCAGUGCUUUUUGUCUGUGGAAAACCGAAGAUCGUUACUAUGGAUUACAUUGUCACUUUGGACGAGGAAAACAAAGAUCCCGAAUAUAUCAGCGAAUUUAGAUUGUCAUAUUAUCCUCACAGAUUGACAGUUUUUCGCGACAUGUUGACCGAAAUAUUCAGCCACAGGGCGAAACACACUAUUUACAGUGAUUUUAAACCGCUCAAUCAGAUUGAGAAUCCUGGAUUUUACAUUCACGUUGUGGAGAAACAAUUAAAAUAGAAGAUAAAUAGUCGACGUAACUACAUGAGAUUCGUUUUUAAAUAGUAGCAACAAUUUUUAAGAACAAACAUUCUAUUAUGUUAAACAAAUU